AUGGUGAUCGCUGCAGCGAGCGAGCGCCCUUCUGGCCGUGGAACCUCUGGCCUGCGCUUACAUAAUCCUCGUGUAAAGCGUGAAAUUUUGGCCAAAAACGGCGACGACCAAACAAUUCCACCGUCUUCCUCUUCUCCUCCUCCUCCGUCUCUUCCUCUCACCACCUCCGUCCCUCAACCGACAUCGCGAAUCUCCCUUCUAUCUUCCUCACCUCUUCCUCUCUCUUCUCUCCUCUCUCUCUCUCUCUCUCCCCCUUCUCCGCUGCCUCUUUUUUCUCCCGCCGCCCGCUCUCCCACCGCAAUACCUCAAAAACUCGGUCCGCGCUCACCGUCCGCCGCAACGCACACAGAUCCUUCUCCGUACGACUCGUUUCCAACUCCCCCCGCGGUCGCCUUCUUCAGAGCUCCUGUUUUGAUCCCUUACGCCUUCAGGAACUCUCCUUGUUGUUGCGCCCAAAUCGAUAUCACAGCUCCCUACGCCAUACCAGCAAUCAUGUCUACUACCGAGCAGCGUGAAUCCGGCCCUGGCCCAGCCGAGGAGACCCUCGCCGAGAACUUCAGUCGCGUCAGCGUAAACGACCAACCCGAAGCUGAGGCUCCUCCAAAGACCGAAGAAGAGUAUGCUCAGUCGAUGCUGACUCUUCGCGCUAUCGUUUCCUCCAAGGAAGCCGGUGUCAUCAUUGGUAAAGCGGGGAAGAACGUUGCUGACCUGCGUGAUGAGACUGGUGUCAAGGCUGGUGUUAGCAAGGUUGUGCAAGGUGUACAUGACCGUGUCCUCACGGUUACCGGCCCUCUCCAAGGCACGUCGAAGGCAUACUCGAUUGUGGCAAAGAGUCUACUGGAAGGUGCUCCCCAGAUGGGCAUGGGUGGAGUAGUCCAAAACAACGGUACACACUCUGUCCGGCUUCUCAUCUCACACAACCAGAUGGGUACCAUCAUCGGGCGACAAGGGCUGAAGAUCAAGUACAUCCAAGAUGCCUCCGGAGUCCGCAUGGUUGCCCAGAAGGAAAUGCUACCCCAGUCCACCGAGCGAAUUGUCGAAGUCCAAGGAACCCCAGAAGGAAUUGAAAAGGCCAUUUGGGAGAUUGGAAAGUGUCUCAUUGAUGACUGGCAACGCGGCACUGGCACCGUCCUCUACAAUCCCGCUGUUCGGGCUUCCGUCGGCUCCGGCUCCGGCCAAGGCUCUGUUACUGGAACUAACCCUAGCUAUGGUGGAAGCAGCCGAUCAUAUAACCGCACUGGAAACGGUGCUGACUUCAGCGACCACCCAAGCAGCUACAGUCGACGUGGAAACAAUGACAACCCGAACCGCGGCAUCCCCCUAGUGACGGAGGAUGGCGAGGAGGUUCAAACCCAGAAUAUCAGCAUCCCCUCUGACAUGGUCGGCUGCAUCAUCGGUCGUGGUGGUACCAAGAUCAGUGAGAUCCGACGAAGCUCUGGGGCACGAAUUUCUAUCGCUAAAGCUCCCCAUGAUGAUACUGGAGAGCGCAUGUUUACGAUCAUGGGCAGUGCCCAAGCAAACGAAAAGGCUCUUUACCUUCUCUACGAAAACCUUGAAGCCGAGAAGAUGCGCCGCAGCCAGCAGCAGCCAGAGUAA